UGCUCUCUCACACACACCAACUUACUUGUCGCUCCAUAAACAGUCUAAAGAGUGGAUGCUCCAAUCUCUUAAACCCGAGUGAAAAUUCUGAGGCAAAGCUGGAAGCUGUUGCAUUUAUUCCCUGUAAGUUUCUUUGGAGACCAAAGUUUGAAAUUUUUGUCGGGGUAGUUUGUGUAAUUUGAAUUUUGUUCAGAUAUGUGAAAGCUAGUAAGUAGUAGUUGAAAUUGACUUUAAUUUGAGUGUUUUGUAGUUUAAACCGAAAUGGGGUUGUUAAUUAUGAUGAAUGGCCAAAUGGGUAUUUCUAGUUUUGUAAAAAAUGAGACUUUUACCUUAGAUUAUUGGUGUCAAGGGUUUCCAUUAUUGAAAUCUUGCAAACCCCUUUUUGGUGCUCAUUUGAAGAGUAAGAAUCUGAAAAGGGUUAGAUGUGUUGUUGUGAGGAAGAGUUGUUGUGGGAGAAUUUAUGCUGUGGUGAAAGAACAGUCUGAUAAGAGGGUGCUUGGAAGUGAAGGUGGGGCUAUUGAGAAUGAGUUUGAGUUUAAGCCAUCUUUUAGUGAGUAUUUGAAGUCUAUGGAGUCAGUUAAAAGUAACCAAGGGAUGCAACAAGCUAGUAAGUUGGGUAGAGAUAGAAUGAGGGAUGCUUUAAAGGGAAAGUAUAUGUCAAAAACAGUGUCUUUGGGGAGAGAUGAUGAAACAGUUAAAUUGAUGGAUAAAAAAGCAAUUUCAAAAGAUGUUGGGUGUGAAGAGUUGGAUGGAAAUGGUGAUGGAGUAGGUCUGGGUGAAGGUGCCGAUAGAGGUGAGUUUCAUCAUGAGGGGAACGUAAUUAGAAAGACAAAGGAUAAAUUUAGUGGCAACAAGAGCUGGGUAGAUGCGAAGGUGAAGAGGACAUUGAAAGGGGAGAUAGAUGGUAGAAGAGGGUUGCAUUAUCAAAAUAAUACUAUGGAGCCAGAGUUAAAAGGCUCUUAUGCUUUGAAGGGAAAGUAUAUGUCAAAAAUAGCAGCUUUGGGGAGAGAUGAUGAAAAGUUUAAAUUGAUGGAUCAGAAAGUGAUUUCGGAAGAUGUUAGGUGUGAAGAGUUGGGUAGAAAUGGUGAUGGAGUAGCUCGGGGUGAAGGUGCGGACAGAGGUAAGUUUCAUUGAGAGGGGAGAUUAAUUAGAAAGUCAAAGGAUAAAUUUAGUGGCAAUGAGAGCUGGGUAGAUGUGAAGGUGAAGAGGACAUUGAAAGGAGAGACAACAGUUAGAAGAUGGUCACGUUAUCAAAAUAAUACUAUAGAACCAGAGUUAAAAGACUGUUAUUCUGAUAAGGGUAAAAAGUUAUAGAAAGCACGAGAUAAUCCUGUGGUAUUGCUUGAUGAUAGUCGGAGUGCUAGUAGUGGUAAUAUAACAGCAGACCUAGUUCAUGGCAAAAUUUCCUCAGAAAUGUUUGAAACAAAAGGGGAAAACUUUGAAAAGGACAAAGUUGCUGCUAGAAGCCAUGUUGUGAGGAAUCACAUCCAAGUUCAGAAAACUACUGAUGGUGAAUAUCGGCAGAGGAGUGAAAAAUUAACUUAUAGCAGAAAGUGCUUCCCUGAAAAAGAUGAUGACAGAAGUUGGGAGAUGGAAAAAGCUGCCUUCAAGUUUGUGGAAGAAGGAAAUGAUUUUAUGGACAAGCCAAGAGUUGCACGGGUGCAUAUGGAGGAGAGAAUUCAGAAACUAGCAAGGCAGUAUAGCCUCACUUCAGCCAAGUCACCUCCAAACAAUAUCUCACAACAACUCAAGCACACGUCAACAAGCAAUACACAACAAUGGUUUUUCCAGCAAAUAAGCAGAAACAUGUAUCAAUGGAAGGAAUGGAAAAUAUGUAUUGUAUUGACUGAUAUUCAAUAAAGUUACAUAAUCAUUUCUCAAUA